AUGGAGGAAAUGACUACAGGAAAUUACUCCACUGAGAUUGAGUUUGUUCUUGUGGGGUUAACAAAUCAGCCAGAGCUCCAGUUUCCUUUCUUCUUCCUAUUCUUGUGUAUCUAUGUCAUCACAGUUGUGGGGAAUAUGGGCAUGAUGCUAUUAAUUGUUGCCAGUCCUCCACUUCAUACGCCCAUGUACUAUUUCCUCAGUACUUUGUCCUUUGUAGAUUUCUGCUAUUCCUCUACCAUUACCCCUAAAAUGUUGGUGAACUUCUUAGGGAAGAAGAAUACUAUCCCUUAUUUCAAAUGUAUGGCCCAGCUUUUUUUCUUUGCGGUCUUUGCUGUUGCAGAAGGAUACCUUCUUACAGUGAUGGCUUAUGAUCGCUAUGUUGCUAUUUGUAACCCACUGCUUUAUAAUGUGAUCAUGUCCUAUCAGGUCUGCUCAUUGAUGGUGGCAGCUGCCUUCACUUUGGGCUUUAUCUCAGCCCUGAUCCACACAAGCUUCAUGAUGAAACUCUCUUUCUGCAAAUCCCACAUCAUCAGCCAUUACUUUUGUGAUGUACUUCCCCUACUCAAUCUCUCCUGCUCAAGCACCCAAAUCAAUGAGUUACUGCUUCAUGUCAUUGCUGGAUUUAAUACCUUAGUGCCCACCUUGGCAGUUCUUAUAUCUUAUGUUUGCAUCCUUGCCAGCAUUCUCCGCAUCCGCUCUACAGAAGGAAGGACCAAAGCCUUUGGCACUUGUAGCGCCCACCUCAUGGCUGUGGUUCUCUUUUUUGGAUCAAUCACAUUCAUGUAUUUCAAACCACCUUCUAGUAAGUCUAUGGAACAAGAGAAGGUAUCUUCACUAUUUUAUACAACUGUGAUUCCUAUGCUGAAUCCCUUGAUCUACAGUCUGAGGAAUAAGGAUGUAAAAAAAGCAUUGAGGAAAGCUCUUAGAGGAAGGGAGUUUUGA